AUGGUAUCAUCAGGUGUCGAUUCCGGCAUAGCGGGUACUGUUUCGGUGCACAGCGAUAUGAGUACAGCUGCUUCUUCGCAAACUAAAGAAACAUCAGUUGGACCCCCUCCAGAGGGUAGCAGCGCAGCAUAUUUCGAUCGUAGACGUGUGGGUGAAGAUUGCGGAGAAGAUCAACAAACGGUAAUUGCAUAUGAAGGGGAUUCGGAUGAUUACGAAGCGCUCUGUGAUUUGGCCGGUGAUAGUGCAACGGUGAAUUUAUCGGAUGAGGAAUAUGUGGCCAAAUUUGUCCUCGCUGAACAGAUCUGCAGCACACCAAUGCCCUCGAACCCUGUGAUGCAUAAGCUAACGUUGUUGCCGAAACGUCGUCUCUUUGUUGGAUCGUAUCUUUUUCAAGCAAAGCGAAACAGUUGCCGCGAUCGGGCGAUGUGUGCGAUUUCAUUGCUUGGCAAUUUUGCAGACUGGGAAUGGUACACCGACAGGCAACGCAUUAUCGAAGAAAUGUUUGUAGAUAUCAUUCCACGUGUAAUAAUCUCAUAUCUUAUGGAAUGCAUCGAGGAUUUUGUUUGUCGUGCAACUGGUGAAAUUUCAAGAAUGCUGUCAGUUUUGGGUGUUUGUGAAGUGUACCCGUUAUUGCUGAAAAGUACUGGCCACGAUAUUCGGAUUCGACAAACCUUUUUUGGUGAUGGGCAGUUACAGGAAAACGCGUUUCUGGCAAAGGCAAUAACGGCGGUACUCGUGUCGCAGGCUCACUGUAUCAUUGUCGGCGACGAAAAAGCUGCUGUUGCUAAAUUGCUGUUGACGCUUUGGAUGUUCGUAGCACCAGAAUGGAGAUGGUUGUGUAUCAGGCCGUAUCAGCAUCCAUAUUCACCGUACCUUCGUUUGCAGGCCAUUCAAAGGAUCGAGCUUGCGAAUGUGAUGUACGCCGGGGCGGAAUCGCAUUGGCCUCUGGCACUAAUUGACAUCGAUCGUCGUCUGGUCUGCACAACAUCUUCGUACUCAAAGCAUCGCUUCCUGAAAUUGCACAAGCAGAAGCACGAUAUUGCACUGAUACUGCAGGGAAUUCGGGUCAGCCCCAGGGAUUCAGGAACACCGAAAAUUGAAUUACGCAACUGUCAUGCGGAUCCGCGUGUCAAAGAUUUUCUUGCAAAAAUGGAUCUGCUACCGUUUGAAACCACGACACGUAUGGGAUUUAUAAAGCAAUUUUGGUUGCCGGAUUCUUCGUACAAACAAAAUGCCAUGAGCUCGAAAUGGAGUCUUUGGUCAGCUCGAAAAGCACUUGAUUUAACCAACAAUUCAACAUUUUUGGUUACUCUAGCGGUAGCAGAGAGGAUGUUACCGGACAUAACCGAAUUUAUGUGUCAGUCGGAUGCAUUUUAG